AGGGUGGCUGGGUUUCCACAACCACGUUCUCUCCCAUCCUCUUCCAGGUUUUCCGGGUCGUCAGCAUCUGCCUGGGGAACCCUCCUACCACCUUCUGCUGGGAAUAUUACGACAAGGAGAAGAAUUAUCACAAGAUCGGCCCGAUCAGCCCCACAAAGUUCUACCAAGAACACGUCAAACCCUUGUUUGAUAUGGAGAGCAAGGUGUGCCUGGUGAACGAUCCUCGUCCCCGGAACAAAUACAACCAGCUCUACACAGUGGAUUAUCUGGGCAACAUGGUGGGUGGCAGGAAGACCCUUUACAACAACCAGCCGGUGGAGCUCUUGAAAAAGAUGGUGGCCGCGUCUAUACAGGAUGGAGAGGCAGUUUGGUUUGGCUGCGACGUUGGAAAAUGUUUUAACAGCAAGCUAGGCAUCAACGAUUUGAAGAUAUACAACCAUGAGCUGAUGUUCGGGGUGUCAGUCAAGAAUAUGAAGAAAGACGAGCGGCUGAUUUUCGGGGACUCCAUGAUGACGCACGCCAUGGUCAUUACAGCCUUCACGAAGAAG